AUGUCGUCUCUACCAUCGACUCCUCAACAACCCUCAGAUAUGGCGCCAGGCAGCUUGUCUUUCUGCAAGUUUUGCGACAAGCCCUUCACAAAUACCUCCUCAUAUCAACGCCACAUUCGCUACUGUGCACGUCACGUGCGCAGUCGUCCACGAUCUUGUCGCAGCUGCAAUGCCGCCAAAACCAAGUGUAGCUUUGAUUGGCCUUGCUCGAGGUGUGUACAGAAAGGUCAUGAGUGUCAGUACAGCGGCUCGGGGUCUGCUAUCCAGCAAGGUGGAACAAAACCAUCCACUACUCACUCCAAACAUCACAAUCGAGAACCGGACUACGACGAAACUCCCAGAGCAUCGAAUGCGGAGAAAGAAUCGUGGCUCGAUGCGGAUUUUCUUUUGACAGAGAAUCCAGUCCAGGAUGAUACUUCUCGCCAGGUGCUGGACCCUACCAGACCAGUCUCGUAUCCUGACCUUCCAACUUUUGACGAAUUCGUCACAUUUGAGGACAACUCCACGGAGCACCAUCAGUUCCCGGCCGGGGCAUCGCCAUCCUUGAAAAAAAGGGAAUCUGAAAACACAAUGCUUUGGUGUGCAUGGAUGGACACCAAUCCUUCUCUUGCAGUCGUGGCACAGGACAGUCCAAUCACGGCAAUUCCCUCCCCAUGGCCAGAUUUCCUCGGGCUCUCACAUCUUAGGCGGCCUCGGAACGACCACAAUGCAGAUAUCAUCAUCCAAGCAUUGCGAGCCUUCCCUACCAUGAUGCUCCGCCGAGAGACAUUUCCCUGGUUUAUCCAUCCUCAGUCCCAACUUUUAUCCACCUCGCCCUCGCCAAAUGCUUGUCUGCCAGAAGCUCUUUCAACAUGUAUGAGCAUUGCACAGAUGUUCUUGUCACGGACUUCGGAGACCAGAUCUUUCCAUCGCCAGAUGAUAAAUGCAGAGCAUCAUCGGCUUACUCUCCAAAUGUACCAAAUGUCAAAGUAUCAACUUCUGUCCGCCUUACAAGCCUGUAUGAUCUACCUCAUAAUGCUCAUCAUCGACUACUCACCGGGGGAUGAGGAGAAUGGGCGUGUGCUUCUGGGGGGUGUUCAGGGCCUCUACGUUUUGUUCAAACAAGUUGGGGGCACAUGUUCCCAAAUGGAAGAAGCAGAAUCGCGCAAGGCUUGGGAAGAAUGGAUCUAUGCCGAAUCCAAAAGGAGAUACGCGGCGCUCUGGCUCCUCGUCGGCUAUGUCGUCUGCGUCAAGAAUGGAAGGCCUUUGGAUAGUUCCCAAAGCUACAGAUCCCUUAUGCUACCUUGUCCCAAGUCCCUGUGGGAAGCAAAAACACAGUCAUCAUGGGAAGCAGAACUUCAGGCAUGUCGCAUCUUGAGAACCAGCGCACUGGUGACCUUGGGCGACCUGGUCGACGCACAAAAGGCUGACUACACGCCAAUCAAUGCCCUGAAUCUAGACAUGUGGAAUGCAGGGACAGAUAAUCUGGGUACAUUGUUGAACCUUGUUUGUACCAUGGAAUAA